AUCCAAGCUGCAGCUGCUGGAGUGGGUGAGCUGCGAGGCCGUCACCUCCAUCCUCCACAAGCUCAUCGAGCAGCGCAUGGAGCAGCACUGCAGGGGCGAGUACGAACGCUCUUUCCUGCUCGAGUUCCAGACGUGGCUGGAGCUGGUUCUGGGCUGGCUGAGCAAAGUGUUUGCAAGCGAGGCAGAAAAGGACGGUCUGGUACCUGCUCCUGGUGCUCCCAGUACUCCUAGCGUUCCCAGUACUCACAGUCUCCAGGCGGGCCAGCCGGGCAGUUCCGUCCUGAAGCAGUGGAGAUGCCACAUGCACCAGUUCUUCUGCCGGAUCUACGUCAACAUGAGGAUCGAGGAGCUCUUCAGUAUAAUCAGAGGUGAGACAGAAAACAGUUAUAUUGGGGUUAUAUGA